AUGACAUCGGAAGACCAAGUCCAGUCGAUCCUGAUGUCCGCUCUCACUCUGGCCAGUAUAAUGAGACUGUCCCUGAUAGUUCGUUUUCAACGGCCCUGGCAUUUCUACCAUCUCGACCUUGCUUUAUCGGCUGCGUCUAGUAUUUCCUUCGUUGUACUUUCCGGUCUUCGCUGGGGCGAAAUCUAUGCAGUCUGGUGUCAAACACUGUUGUGGAUGACAUCGGCUUUUCUUACCGGACAAGUGUUUCUCCGGGUCCAUUUCCAACAAUGUGAGAACCCAUUCACUCCAGUUGCCUUAAUUAGAACAUAUGCAUUAUACUCCGUGGUCUCCAGUCUGGCAAAGAUAGCAAGCUCUGUCGUUGGAGCCUUUCGCCCGACCGCAGCUCACCCGGUGUGUCUGUUCGUUCUCGCCGUUGACUACUUGAUGGUGACGAUAUGGUAUCUGUGGCUUCCUGGGCAGGCAACUCAAUCAAGAGCUCGCUUUGGAAUCAUUUCUUUUGGUGUAUCAGCUUUGUUCGCGGUCAUGUUUGCAGUUGCAGUGCUAGGCACCCUAUGGAAGACUUGGGACAUUGCGCUGGAGGUAAUUGUGUCUUUCCGCGAAAAGCAUCCAACCGCUGACAGUUUCAGAUACAAAUGA